AAUCGCUCCCCUUCCACGUCUGCCGCGGGAAAGUAAAGCCUCAAGACAGGAAGAGGAGUUGGGGUUGCACAGUCAGAGAGGAUUUAGUUCUCCGAAGUGUGGCGCGGUUGGGGCUUUAUAUCCGGGACAAGCGAGUGUCACCACACUGCUCCACAGGAGGCCCGGAGGGGCCACGCUGCCUAUCGCCUCCUGGCUGUGCUAGCUCUUCAAUGCCCUGAAGGUCUGAGGCUGCAGAGGACGGGGCACCGAGUGUCUCGCUAACUGGGCCAGGCAGUGACGCGGGACCGGCGGCCCUCCCACCCCCAGGGCACCGACACCGGGGCACCCGCGCGGGUCUCUGCAGCCGCCAGCUCUGCUGCGGCGCGCUCCACGAGUUCCACGAUGACUCCCGGCCGGGCAGUGGCCGGGUUGCUGCUGCUGGCGGCCACCGGCCUGGGACACCCUGCGGAGCGGCCGGAGCUAGCGUUCAGCGAGGACGUGCUGAGCGUGUUCGGAGCCAACCGGAGCCUGUCGGCCGAGCAGCUCGGGCGCCUGCUGGAGCGGUUGGGGGCUGCACCCCACCAGGGAGCGCUGCAGCUGGGACAGCUGCACUUCAACCAGUGCUUGUCAGCAGAAGACAUCUUUUCUCUUCAUGGCUUCUCGAAUGCUACCCAGAUAACCAGCUCGAACUUCUCUGCUAUCUGCCCUGCGAUCUUACAGCAGCUGAACUUUCAUCCCUGUGAGGAUCAGCCGAAGCACAGUGCAAAGCCCAGUAUUUCCGAAGUCUGGAGCUAUGGAAUCCUGUCGGUGACAAUUAUUAACUUGGCAUCUCUCUUGGGACUGAUUUUGACCCCAUUAAUAAAGAAGUCUUACUUCCCCAAGAUUUUGACUUAUUUUGUGGGGUUGGCUAUUGGGACUCUUUUCUCAAAUGCCAUUUUCCAGCUUAUUCCAGAGGCAUUUGGAUUUAAUCCAAAAAUUGACAAUUAUGUUGAGAAGGCGGUUGCUGUGUUUGGUGGAUUUUACAUGCUUUUCUUUGUUGAAAGAACACUUAAGAUGCUACUGAAAACAUAUGGACAGAAUGACCACACCCACUUCGGGAAUAAUGACUUUGGUUCUAAAGAAAAAGCUCAUCAACCCAAAACGUUACCAUUGCCUGCAAUCAAUGGUGUGACAUGCUAUGCCAAUCCUGCUGUCACAGAGCCUAAUGGACACAUCCACUUUGACACUGUCAGUGUAGUGUCCCUCCAGGAUGGAAGAACAGAGUCAAGUUCAUGCACCUGUUUGAAGGGGCCCAAACUAUCAGAGAUUGGAACAAUUGCCUGGAUGAUCACCCUUUGUGAUGCUCUCCACAACUUCAUCGAUGGUUUGGCAAUUGGGGCAUCUUGUACUUUGUCUCUUCUUCAGGGACUCAGUACUUCCAUAGCUAUCCUGUGUGAGGAGUUUCCUCAUGAGUUAGGGGACUUUGUGAUCUUGCUCAAUGCGGGGAUGAGCACUCGACAAGCCUUGCUAUUCAACUUCCUUUCUGCAUGUUCCUGCUAUGUUGGGCUAGCGUUUGGCAUUUUGGUGGGCAACAAUUUUGCUCCAAACAUUAUAUUUGCACUUGCUGGAGGCAUGUUCCUCUACAUUUCUCUGGCAGAUAUGUUUCCAGAGAUGAACGACAUGCUGAGAGAAAAAGUAACUGGAAGAAAAACGGAUUUCACCUUUUUCAUGAUCCAGAACGCCGGGAUGUUAACUGGGUUCAGCGCCAUCCUGCUCAUCACCUUGUAUGCAGGGGAAAUAGAAUUGCAGUAGCCAGAAGUGGAACAUAGCGUUGUUGAAGGGAUUGAAUAAGAAAUAACGCAAAACAUCUCCAAAGGGAUUUUUUU